AUGGAGCUGCUCAGCGACCUGAGCACGUGGGGCGAGCGGUUCCUCGACUUCUGGGAUCGAGGCGUGUACGCCUGCGCGCGCUGCGAGCGGCCGCUCUACGCGUCGGACGACAAGUGGAGCGGGCCCUGCCUCUGGCCGUCGUGGCGGCGGGAUUUGCCCGGCGCGGCGCGCCACGCGCCGGUCGAGGGCUACAACGGGUACGUCGUCGACGUCCACGAGCUCUACUGCGGCGGCUGCGACCUGUUCCUGGGCCACGCCUUCGCGGACGCGCGGGACAAGGGCGACGCGCACCCGGACGCGCGCUGGAGGCACUGACUCCUCUCGCUGUCCCUCGAGUUCGUCCCCGAGGGGCGC